AUGCAAGAACAAAAAUUGGCAGAGAUAAUGGAAGAAUCACCACCUCCGGGACUACAACAACCAUUAUUACAACCAUUACCACAGCCAUUCCAAGAACCAAUGCGAUUAAUACCGCCGGAAGAUCAUAUGGGCACUGAUGUGGACUCUUCAGCUGACUUGAAAGGAAAAGAAUAUCAUGGUUAUCGUUUUGAAUGGCAUGACAGUAGUUCUGGUGAUUCCGUUGACGAGACAGAUCUUGAAGAUCGCGUGAUCAAAACAGCAAGUUUAAAUGAACAAAUAACUGACAUGAAGGAAACUACCUCUGUUACAGAAUUGCACCGAGAGAUAAAAGAAGACGAAUUUGAAGUUGUUAUAGCUAUAGAUUUCGGCACAGCAUUUACAGGCUUUGCUUUCUCUUAUCGUAAAAGUAAAACAAAAAUCGAAACAGGACAUCGAAAGCUUAAGAAAGACCGAGUUCCGACUGUUGUACUUUUGAAAUCGUCGGAUAAUACAGUUGAUUCAGUGGGAACGUCAGCGGAAGACAAAUAUGCUAGAUCAGUCAUCCUAAAAAGCCGCAAGAAUUACAGGUUAUUCAGUCGCUUUAAAAUGGCACUUUACAAGGAUGAAAAUUUAUCACGCAGUUCAACGAUCAAAGACAACGAUGGAAAACCAAUGCUGGCUUUAGAACUUUUUACACUGGUGAUACAAUACAUGACGCGCCUUGCAACUGAAAUGGUGAAAGAGUCUUUAUUGUUCACAAACAGAGAAAAACUUAGGAUUAAAGAUACCAUUCAAUGGAUUUUAACAAUACCUGCGAUAUGGACUGAUAACGCGAGACAGUUCAUGCAUGAAGUUUUUCGAAAUGCUGACAUUCCUGAAAAUCAACUUCGAAUUGUUCUCGAACCUGAAGCUGCAGCAAUAUAUACCAGGCAUUUAUUGCUGUAUAAAUCCGAAAUGGCUGGAAUAGAGAAACUUCCUGGUGGUACAAAAUAUAUAUUAGCAGAUCUUGGUGGAGGCACUGUUGACAUUUGCACACAUGAAAUAAUUGAAAAUGAUAACAUACGUGAACUGUUCCAGGCCACUGGAGGGGCAUAUGGAGGAACAUACGUAGAUGAUAUGUUCACACAGACGCUCGUUGAGAUAUUCGGCUCCGAAGUAUGGGCACAAUUUCAAAGCGAACAUUAUAACGAUAUUUUGCAAUUGAUGAGGCACUUUGAAAAAGACAAACGAAAUUUUGAAGGCACGGAUACAACUGAGACUGAAGAGUGUGCCAUAACGGUAGAUCUUCCAAACUCCUUAAUCAAAAUGCUGAAGAAUAACCCUGUGAAACCUGAAAGCACACAGAAUAGCUCUUCGUUACAGGAAAAAUCAAUAGAAAUCCUUUUGAAGGAACUGAUACGCGGAAGUUCUUAUUCGGAUGAUAUUAAGGUGCUUGGUGGUGACAAACUCAUCAUAAAAUCUGCUAUUAUGGAAGACUAUUUUUCCAGAUCAGUAGUAGGAAUCAUUUCGUCUUUGACAAGAAUAAUUGAGGAAUGUCCUAACGAUGAUGUCAACACUCUUAUUCUCGUUGAGGGGUAUGCAGAAUCACCGUACGUAACCAAACAAAUACAACACGCCAUGGGAAAUUUCAACGUUCGAGUAAUUAUCGUUCCAAAGCCAAGGCUUUCCGUAAUGAAAGGAGCAGUCAUGCUUGGUUAUGAGGAUAGAUCAAUAAUCCAGCGAAAAUCCAGGGUCACAUAUGGCUUCGCAGUUGCUAGAAGCUUCAUUGAAGGUGUACAUCCGGAACAAUAUAAAUUUGAAAGAGAUGGAGAGUAUUUCUGUGACAGAAUAUUUGACAAACUGAUUGAAAAGGACCAGUAUGUUGAAUAUGGACAGAAAUUCAUAACAAGAACAUCCACAUCCCGAAGACAUCAAGAAUCUAAAACAGAAAAUGUGCAUAUAACUGUUGUUACAUCUGAAAAAUGCGAUCCAACCUACUGCUCGGAGGAAGAGGAAUGUAAGGAAGUUGGUGAAAUCAUUAUUGAGCCACCGGAAGAAGGAUGGCCGGAUGAAAAUGAAAAAGAAAUGUAUCUCAUUGUACAAGAGGACAUUAUGAUUUGCAAGGUCAUAGAUAAGACAUGUGGAGGGAAGGAAUAUACCACACAAGUGAAUUUCUUGUCGAAGUCCUUAAAGUUUUGA